AUGUGUUGGUGGUUACGCCGACCUCGCGCGUUCUUUGUUUGGGUGAAAUCUUCACGUUUCUUCCGCGACACCAAGACGGAAGAACGACUGCUUGAGUGGAAGAAGAAAUGGGAGGAAGAAGAGAAGAAGCGCAUAUCACUAGAGGACAGGCUGAAGAAACUUGAGCUGGAGCAUCAAGUUUCAGCCCAAGACAAGGGCGGCCUGAAAACGGAAAAUAUUCGGCUUACUACCAUUCUGAAAAAAGCCAGCAAGGAGGCCGAUGAAAUUCAGGCCAGGUUACUACAAGAGCAAAACGAGAAAGAAAAGGUCCAGCAAGAACGCUCCAAGCUUCAAGACGCCAAUCAAAAGUUGCAGCAAGAUCUCAGUUCAUACCAGCAGCAGUUAUUGUUACGAGAGAGCGAAAAGAAGGCCUUGAAAAACGAGCUGCAGGCCCUACAGAUCAAGUUCAACGAUCAAACCACACUUCUUAACGACCGUACACGGGAGCUACGGGGUGCACAGGCGUUCCUGAGCACAGCCGACACGCUCUCAGGAGCGGAAGUCAUCAGACUGGUAGAUGAACUCAACCAAGAGAUCAUGCAGACGGCAGCUUUCAUCUCAGACUCCUUCGAUUUCGCUCGCAAGCCUGAACACAGAGACGAGAUCAAGGAAGCCAGUGCGCGAACCGGUGAACUGAUUGGACCUGCCAUGACGUCACUCCUGGGUACCGUGCAGCACGGGGAAGACCCUCUCUUGAUCCAGAUCGCACUGCAGGCCGCCACAGUCGAGUUCUCUCGCUGGAUCAUAAUGACCUGGGACUUUGACGGCUUACAGGCUGAGCAACCACUGGCAGAGAUCUAUGGCGACGUUCGGGAGACAGAAAGCCAGGCAGUCAGCGGCCGAUGGCGCGCUUUGACUCGAUCCCAUGCGCAGAAGGUUGCUCUGCAGGAGACGGACGUGCACUCAACAAUGGUUGCACAUAUCAGCGACACCCUCGUGGUCGUGAUGAUUGCGGCUGGUUGCACCAAGAACUACGAAGAUGUGUAUCGCGACUUCACCAUGAAGUUUGGCGAACGCGUGUCGAACAUUGUCCGUAUGGCAACAAGGCUUAACAGAGCCAUGGGUGAGGAAGUCACGUCGGCAGAUCUCUGGCCUACCCAUGCUGCAGCUGGAGAUAAGUUCGAUACGGAAUCGAUGAAGGACUUUGACGAGGGGAGUGGGGCGCAAUCCGGUGUGGUUUUGUGCACGACUGCGCUUGGUUUGCAGAGGUCAGAGAAGGUUGGAAGCGGGGAAGGCGCAGAGAACAGGAUGUUCACACUGGCGAAACCCAAGGUUGCGCUUGAAGCUAUUGCAGAUGGGAUGGAGAGGGAGGCGGAGUUGUCGGGAGACUAA